CACACAUUUACAAUCAAAACCAUAUUGCAGCCCUCAAUGCUCUUAUGACAUCUUCCCAGGCUGGUCCUUCGCGGCCAAGAGCAUUAGAGCCAUUAAGGACAUCAUACUCUCGUUCAGCAGGAAGGGGUGCGAAUGAAGGUUCAAAUGCAUCCAAAGCAUUCAUACCUUUGCGACCGAGUGUAAGAGCGGAUCAAUCAAGUAAUAGAAUUGCACUGCAAUCACAGAAUACCCAGAAGAAGGCUCUAGAACCAAUUCGUAUCACGAAACAGUAUGCUGCUCCUGUACAACAACCGUCUGCUAGGAGAGCAUUGGAGCCGAUCGGAGGAAGGAGAAGUAGAUCAGAUCAAUCGAGCUCUAUAAGUGAUUCGAGCUGGUCAAAUUCGAGCGGAGAGACGAAAUCGUAUCAUCGAAAGAGAGCCCUCGAGCCGAUUGAGCCAAGACAAGUUGCACCACGUCCUCAAGACAGGCAGAAGACUGACAAGGCGGACAUCGCACCAGUUCAAAAGAGAUCUAAAACUCUAGAGCCUAUCACAAGACAAUCAAUACCACGCCUUCAAGACAAACAAGAGGCGGAAAUCGUAUCUGUUCAAAAGAGAAGAAAGGCUUUAGAGCCCAUCAAAAGACAAUCAGCGGGUGUGUCUAGUGGAAAAUUGAUUGCAAAUUGCAAGGUGCGAGAGCCUAUCAAGUCAAGUACGAACACUGCAUCUCCAAUUGAAGGCAUAGAGGUAGAACAGAGAAAGGUAAAUAACAAAGCAAUGAUCCCGCUUAAAUCACGGUUACGAAAGGAGGUGGAAGCUGACAAGAAAAGUGAAGGUGAAAGCAGCCACAGAAAAGUCAUGCUUCCAAUCCGGCCUAGAUCAGCUGUCGAUACUGAGGAGGGAAAGAAAGGUAAAGCGCUUGAACCUCUUCGAAGAUCGGACAAACAAUCCAUGGAUCAAGUUUGCGCUGGUUCUCGGGCUUACGCAGCUCUUGACCAUGCUAGACAUGCCACCAAAAUUCUGUGUUACGACCUCCAAAGGAUGAAGCCAUGCUCAAACAAAAACGGAAUCUCGCUCGGCACGUAUAGUCAUCUCAAACGGGAAACCGUAUUCGUUCACAUUGUUGGGCGUAUUGUGGGUAUUGAGGAAAAAGAUCACAAAGUCAAGUGGCUGAUUGACGAUGGAAGUGCUGUCGUGGCCGCACAUCAUGCGUACGAUCCGAGACCUGUGGUAGUGCAAAAAGACGUUGAAAGCAAAGUUGAUAAGGGCAAACGUCGAGCAGUGGAAGAGACAGUCGAUAUGGCUUCAGGCAUCCCUUCCGAAUACAUUCGUCCACCAACGCCGAUCAAAGUGCCAAAAAGGGAAACAAAGAUUGAAGCCAUCCUUCGUGCAACUACCAACAACCAAAAAUUUAAGCAUACUUAUCGACAUCUACCGAUCUGUUCGCUUGUGAGUGUUGUGGGACGAGUAGAUUCUUGGUUCAAGGGCGAAAUGAUCGUUCAGGUCGAUCGAAUCAUUCCGUCUGGUUUCUCAAAAGAUGAGCCAACAGUCAGAGCGCCACGCGAAGGGUACAUUGAGCUACUCAAUAAUCCGAACAUGGAAUCCGAGCAUAUUCACGAUACCGUGCUUCUGGCUACAACGGAGUAUGCAAAUGAUGCAGGAACAGCACCCGCUGAACCACCUCAAGAUCAAAGUGUAGCAAACCGGAUAAAGGUCGGACCAGCAGGAAGUCGAUCAGAAAGACAUGAGGAAGCUAAUCGUCUGCGCCAAUCGAAGAGGAAAUUUGAUGAAAAUAGCACUGAGAGUGAGAAGAAAGAGAAAAGGCAAAACAAUGACACAAAUACAACAUAUUCUCCUCGACUAUCAGCAGAUGUAGAAGCUUCUACCACUUUACCUGAGCAAAGUGCACCACAACGCCGCAUGCGAGACUUUCGCAAGAUUCCUGAUCGGCAAAUCAAUGAUCAAUUGUUGCGUAUAUAUGUUCAGAAACAUAUUUCCGAUCACUGUCGUCAACCCCUCGAUGCGGAAGAUCAAGCUAGAGGGGAUUUGCCUCCCACAUUCACAAUCAAUUAUCUUCAAACGGUAACCACUUUACGAUUAUUGGCCGAUCGUGUGGUAGACGUUGCGGUGAAGAAACGGGAAGGGAAGAAAAGAAAGAUUGAGGCUAAUGCUUCAACGUCAUCGACAUCACAUCCUGUCAGAGACGCUGGUAAACGUCAGCGUCUGUUUGAAUCAGUGAUUCGUAAUAUAGUGGCCGAUGGUAUGGUAGUUGUGAGCGAUGGCAGGAAGCAUCCACCAGUAUCGCCUUUCAAUGGUGAGAAGCCAAGAGAUUUUUCUGAAUUCUUACGCUCAAAACAAGGCAAGCUGCUAGAUUGGGAAGAAGGAAAGGAUGAGCAUUCCAUGUGCAAAUUUACACCGACUGUAGUAUCGGGUGAUUUUGUUACGGCUAAACAGAUGCAAACAGAGGAGGACGUUUCGAUGAUGCGUUGGAGAGGAAGUCACAAGACGGCACAGAGUAAAGGACAAGAAGUUUAUCAAGUGGUCACGCCAACCUUGCUGGCUGAUCCGAUCCGCGAAGUUGUAGGAUUUAAAAGCGGUGAAGCCUUUGAUUCUAUACCUGCUCAUAAGAUCAAAGAACGGCUACGAUUGCUUGACGAUCGUUGGCAGUAUAUUCGACCGGAAAGUGUUGCAGAAUCGAUUGCUUAUUUGCGAGCACAAUUAUAGAUGAAGUUGUACUGCUGUAUUUAGAUGCUUU